GGGUAAAGAAGAUUUUUUUAAAGAAAUAUAUCGCAGUUAAAUUAGUUUAGACAGCAUGACAUCAGAGAGUAAUUAAAUAGGUUUGUUGGAAUUCCGUUUCCAAUUCCUGAGUUCAGGUUUGUAAAAGAUUUCUGAGCACCUGCAGGUCUCUGUGUGUGAAAUAUUUUCACUGGAAAGGAUUCAAAACUUUAAAAAAACCUUUUAACACAGAGGCAGCAUUACGCCAUUCUUCCUUCUUGGAAAAAAAACCCCUUGGAUUUAAACAGGACUCCUUCAAGUUUUCAGUCAGUUUUACAGAAGAAAACGAGGUGGUAAACUUUCUCUUUUCAAGAACAAGUUCUUUACAGCUGCUAACUGAAGUCAGGGGAGAUCAUAUCUGAGUACAUGAGCAUUUCCACUAUGGGACUGGAUACAAGUACUGAACAACGAGAUUUGCAAUGUUUUAAUCUCAAACAAAAAACAAUUUUUCUGACUUUCGUUUUUAAUUUCUUUCAUGUUUUCUUCUGCCAAACUGGAGGAACCUUUUCUGAUUUUUUCUUUAGUGGCAUUCAGAGGAAGACCAGAGGAUGAAAAUCCUGCAUUUUCUCACUUUACUGCUUUGGCAUUUGACUUGGCUGUCUCUGGAUCUAGUUCCUGGAGCGCUGAGUAAUUCUGAAGCAGGCCAGAGUAAUCCAGGAUCUAAACUAGGUUUUUUAAAAGCAGAAGGAAAAGAGAGGAAUCCCUCAGCACGGGCAGGUACACUGAGGACUGCAAGCCAUGGAUAUAGUACUGGGACCUCAAAGGCUAGGACUAAAAGCAGUGCUGGUCAGGCUGGAGCUCUGCUGCCCAAGAACGAUGAAUCAAAGAAGGUUCUCUCAAGAACAGCAGCCACGGAGGGCAAGGUAGGACAUCUCCCCAGCAGACCUUCUGGAGUAAGGACAGUGACUCCAAAGGUUCAAAAUCUUAGCAGCAAGGUGGCUUUGAAAAAAACUGGCACAAGCAGUACUGACACUGAUUCUUUCAAAACCAAAAAGACUAAAGAGCCUGUAACCCCGAGGGAAACUAAGGAAACUUUCAGACAUCCCCCUAUAACGCCACAUGAAUACAUGCUCUCUUUGUACAGGACUCUCUCAGAUGCAGAAAGAAAAGGUGUUAAUGGAAGUGUAAAACUGGAGGCUGGGCUUGCCAAUACAAUAACCAGCUUUAUAGACAAAGGACAAGAUGAGAGAGCGGCAACUAUAAGAAAACAGAAAUAUAUUUUUGACAUCAGUGCAUUAGAAAAAGAUGGUUUGCUGGGAGCAGAGCUUCGAAUAUUGAGGAAAAAACCUUCUGAUACGUGGAAGUCUCAUUCUUCUGGAAAAACUUCCCAAGUGAAAUUAUUUAGUUGCUCUACAAACAGACAAGCAGCAACACUCCUGGACUCUCGUACUGUCAGUAUCACAGAUACACCAAAGUGGGAAGUGUUUGACAUCUGGAAACUUUUCAGGAACUUUAAAAACUUGGUUAACUUGUGUUUUGAACUGGAAACUUUUGACAGGGGGAGAGCUGUUGAUCUCAGGAGUGUGGGAUUUAAUAGAACAGGAAGACAGGUCAAUGAAAAGGCUCUCUUCUUGGUAUUUGGGAGGACAAAAAAAAGAGACUUAUUCUUCAAUGAAAUCAAAGCUAGGUCUGGCCAAGAUGACAAAACUGUUUAUGAGUACUUAUUCAAUCAGAGGCGGAAGAGAAGAGCUCCUCUAGCAACACGGCAAGGGAAGAGGCCCACUAAGAAUCUGAAGGCGAGGUGUAGCAGAAAAGCCCUCCAUGUGAAUUUUAAGGAUAUGGGCUGGGAUGACUGGAUAAUAGCCCCUCUAGAGUAUGAAGCAUAUCACUGCGAAGGGCUUUGUGAAUUCCCCCUACGAUCCCAUCUGGAGCCCACCAAUCACGCAGUUAUCCAAACAUUAAUGAACUCAAUGGACCCAGAAUCGACACCCCCAACUUGCUGUGUCCCAACCAGGCUGAGUCCUAUUAGCAUUCUUUUCAUUGACUCUGCAAACAACGUGGUCUACAAGCAGUAUGAGGACAUGGUGGUGGAGUCAUGUGGUUGUAGGUAGCAGAACAGUUGCUCACGUGAAUAUGUUAUGAAAGGCAAUAUGACAUAUUGAACAUAACCUGUCCUCAAACAAGGUUAACUAUAUUUCUUACCUCCAGGGUAAGUGUGUUUACAAGGAUGUAGCAAUAAAUCCAGAGCUCCUAUAGGUAUCUCCACCAUGGUCAUAUUUCAGUAUAGCAUUUGGGUGCUGUCAUGCAGCCUGAUAUAAGGCCUUGUGCUGGCGACAUGAGACUGCCUGUAACUGAGGUCCAUGAUAGACAAGAUUAUACCUCCACACCUCUAGAUUGUCUUCUUUUAGCCUCACGGCAGUGGGUAAAGGUGCUGUCGGUGAGCUGUGGAUAUGACCUGUUUGAUCCUUCGAACAAUGUUCUUAAGACUGAAUUUAUGUCUGAGUCCCCUGUGCUUUGACCAUUAAGAAAUGUAAGGAAAGAAUCCUGAUGUCUGGAAGAGAACAUUGCGUUCUGCUGUGUUCCCAUCUUGGUGUAAAUAGUUACACUGAUAUGAUUUCUUUCUGAUUAGCUCUUGAAACUAUGCAUAUAUAAAAAAGGAGUCAUUAAAUAUAAUAUGUUGAUUUAGUUUUAAGUUUUAUGUGGAGAUAGGUGAUACAGGAGGUAUUUGCUUCCAUGUAUGUUUUCCUCCAAGCUACAUAUCUUUCUUAAGUAUCCACCUUUCCAUUAUUAUGUAGCAAGAUAUAUUACUCUGUAUAAGGUCCAAGUUGUUCUCAAAUGCUCAUAGUAAAAGUGUUCAGUUAUGGCAUAAGAUGUAAUAAAUUAUUGACACAGUUCUACAUUGUGUCUAGUUGUCCAACUCUGCAUAAUUAUAAUGCUAUUAGAAAUUGUUUUUAAUGUUUUUGUCUAAUAAAUACAAGCGAAAGGG